AUGAUAACCCGAUUCUUGACCGACGUCCGCCUCACAUUCAACCCCUUCAGCCUGCGCUCCAAGCCCGCACGCCUAUUCCUCUCUCUAAUACCGCCCAAUGCGCGCGCAGACGGAAUGAAGAUUGAAUCCAAGAUGCUGCCGCGGAGUAGCAAAGAGCCUGCGAGUCUGGGCUUGAAGUUCAAGGACGGCAAGGAGAUGCAACUCGAUCUGAGCACUAUGCGGAUAACCCAAGUCGUGGAAGAGGUGGAUCGACAUUCGCGGUCACUGGCGCGCAAGGAGGAGCUGACGGGCAAUUGAUGGAAGAGGCCGAGAUACCACUAUACUAAAGAUCAUGUACAAACGUGUAUAUCAGGAGCAUCACUCGGCGUUACGGCAUCACUCGGGGUUUGA